CUUGCACGCAUAUCCUCUCCUCUCUUUGCCUCUCCCGUCGCUUCAGUCCACCAUGCGCGCGAGCUGUCUCUUCUCGCUGCUCCUUCUGCCUCUUCUAGCGGCUGCACAAUCAUCGCAGCAGCAGUCGUCUCAGCAGCAGUCCCAGUCGCAACAACAGUCUUCGUCUCAAGGUUCUGCCUCUGGGUCGCAGUCUGGCUCACAGCAGCAAUCGACGUCGGUGUCACUCCAGGUUACGGUAGUCACCACCGUCGUGCUGUCGACUUCAUACCAUAACGGCCCUUAUUUUACCAAUGGCGAGACCGUAACCACAUCGUUUGGCCGUCCAACGAGUGUAACUGUCACCGAGACCCUCACCAUCACACCUACUACCGCUAAGGCGAAGGCGACGACUUCAACCACGAUGCCGCCCAAGUCAACCGCACCUACGAGUAUAAACGGUGGCGGGAACGAAGCACCAAACGGUGCGCCUAGUCCAGGCGAGACCGGCUCGAAUGGAAUCUACGGGCCAAACAACUCGUACAUCGCAGCAGCAGUGGUGCCGACCGCAAACGCUGCUAUCAUGGUCGUGGCUGGGUUGGUGGCAGGUGGUGCGAUGGUGCUCGCUUGAUGGCGGGUUCGUUCGGCGCUGAACUCGACGGGUUGGUUGGGACACUGCAUCUCAUGGACGCUCUUGCAUGACAUUUACGGACCCCCAUUUUUCAUACUUUACAGUAGAGUAGUACGUUUGAGGACUGAGGAGUGUGCAAUUUCUGUCAUUUCGUUUGGCCCGUAUAUCAUACCUCGAUUGCAUUGCCUGCUCGUCGCAAUCCAUACGAUACACUGUAAUGACAUUGACGUACGCUCCUUCCA